AUGCAGCGCGACGACCAUCUGCCUUUGACCGAGAUAUACAGCUCACCAGAGGCUCUUCACGAGGAGGUUGAGAAGAUUCUCGAUCUGGCACUGUACAAGGUCCCAGAGAACACGCCAAUCAAACUUCGCUUCAUUACGCCUGUAUCCGUCGAGAAAUGGCUUGUAGACGACAGCUACAACGACUACCGACUCACAACACCAGAGGAACAUGCCGAUGGCAUGGAGUACAUUACUGUUUCCUACUGCUGGAAGCAUACACAGUCCAUGGAAGAGAGUCCUCUGAAUGGCCUCCAGUAA